AAAAUGAGCACUACACCAUUCAAGAAGAUCGCCCUCGUCGGCGGCGGAGGCGCCGUAGGCAAACCGGUCCUUGAGGCUCUGCUUGCAACUGGUACCACCGAAGUCACCGUCCUCACCCGACCGGACUCCACCACUUCCUUCCCCGCCCACCCAAACCUCGAGGUUGAGCGCGCAGACCCCACAGACAUCAACGCCGUCUCUGUCGUUCUAAAGAAACUUGGUAUCGAGGUCCUCAUCUCUGCGGUCGGAUCCGCCGGGACCGCAUCGCAGCACGCCCUCAUCGACGCGGCGAAACAGGCGGGGGUACGGCUGUUCGUGCCCUCCGAGUUUGGGCUGCCGACGGAGGGUGUUACGAAUGUGCACCACUUGGCAAAGGCCAACGUCCCGAUAUACGCAAAGUCGAUCGGACUGCCUACUUUGCGCGUCUACAACGGCCUAUUCGCAGAAUUCAUCCCGAUGUUAGGUUCAGUGCAGCGAGGCACCUUCCUGGUGCUCGACCCUCUGGAAGGGCACGGACCUCCGCUGCCGUUCUCCAUCACUUCUCUCGCUGACGUGGGCGGCUUCCUAGCCCACGUCCUUACAACACUCCCGCCCGCUGAGCUGCAAGACACAACUCUCCGCAUCGAGGGCAAGCGCAUGACGCUUCCUGAUCUCGCCUACCUGUACAGCAGAAUCAAGUCGGUGCCGGUUGAGCAUGUCAGCGACAUUCCCCCAGACGUUGGGCCCGAUGGUCUCAGAGUCUGGAGGAAGCACUUGCUGGAAGAGAUGAACUCUGGCAGGAGCCGGGCGACUUGGGAUCCAGUUCAGGGGAGAGACUUGGGACUCGGGGCGCUUUCGAAUGGACUGUGGGAGGGACACAAGUGGAAGACGGCCGAGGAAGCGAUACGGGGUGGGCAGUGAUGGGGUAGUACAUUCAUGUCCGAAUACGGUACGGACGCAGCGAUUUCGUAAGAUGUUGUACAUUAAGGUGAAUAAAUACACUUAAGGCA